UUAGUUGCUCAUUUUUGAUCCCGCGAAACAAUUUGAAUGGACAGUAUUCAAACACCAUUUCUUGUUUUCAAAUCUAACUUGUCCAGAGAAGCGCACAUUGAACUCCAAUAUUUUUUGAGCUUACAACUUUUGCAACUAUUUUCCUCGAAGUAGUAUUUCCCUAAUUUUCUAGUUUAAACUCCAGCUUUUUUAGAUUUGAUUUCAUUCAACUUUUUGAAAGUAAAAGCUAAUUCUCAAAAUGCCCCGCAACGAUAACAGUUUCUUUAGAGAACCUCUCGACGGAGAACUAAGUGAUGAUUUGGACGGCGGUGGCUUUGAUGACAACUUCGGCAACAGUGGCAACUUCAACGACAUAGGACUGGAUGAUAGUCUGGCCGGAAGUAGACCAGCCACUGCGACCAGUGUUUUAUUCCAGGCGAACGAUGACACUAAUAUGGCGGGUUACACUGACCCAAAUGCGGACCCCCCUCCCUCCUCUGCGCCCUCUCAGAACGAGCCUCGCAACCCCACCCGGGUGGUGAAGUUUGCCGUCUAUUUGGUCAUUCUGCUAGCAGUGGUGGCCAUGUGUAUGCUGAGUGCAUUCAUGAGUAUCAGCACUCUCUUGCAGACGAAGGACAUUCCAGCGACGACUUACAAGCAGAAGAAACAAACGGGUCCACACAAACAUACGGGAAUCAUCUUCAUGGCAAAGGGACUGGAUCUGAUCACGUGUGAGACUUUCAACUUCACCUCCCUGAAUAUAGACGAGCUCUUCAAACGACCCUUGUGUCAGGAGCGACAGUUCACCCUGCACUACUACGACGAGAUCCCCUUCUACCUGGAGUCCAGUCUCCACGAGAUGCUGCAGUAUGUGAGGAAGGAGCAGUCCCAACUCACAGCUGUCCUCAUCCGGGGUCCCGCAGACUGGGGCAACAAACAGACCACCAUUGCCCACGUGACUGUACCCCUGGACCAAGCUGGAACUUGGAGUGUCAUUCAUCCGGACUUCGAUGAAUUGUCAGACCGCUUCGCGGCAUCGAGUUUCGAGGGAGCGAUGACUCACUUGAAGUGGGAACUAAGCCAGGACCUGCUGGACGGGGGAUACUCCAUGAACCCAGUGUCCAGUAACUUCCGAACACUUUUCCUCAUGAGUGAGAAUGUGUUCAUGAACUUCGGAAAUGUCGACGCCAUUCGAUUUGAGAUGGAGAUUUCUCUGAUGGAGAGCAACAAGAGUGCCCUGGACAGAUCAGUGAGAGACAGGAGGGGAGGGGGGACUGACUUGACCCAACUGCAACACAUAGAAGUGCUGUACCAGUGGAAGGACAACUACUUCAUGCUCGGCGACUCACUGUGGGCAGUGACCGUGUGGGCCAUAGUGACAGUAGUGUCCAGUGCACUUCUUAUGGUCGAGAGGGGAUACAACACCCUCAUGAAGGCAUGGAACCAGGCCAAGCCGAAACCCAAACCAAAAGAGGACCAGGAGGCCCUGGUUGCGAACCAAGAGAACAGUAUCAGUCACGAUGACAGAGAGGUUCAGAGCAGAGCUACCAGCGGGGACGGUGCUGGCAAAGCAUGAACACUUAAUCUAAAAAUAUAAU